UUCUUCUUUUCAUUAUUCUUUUCUGUUUCUUCUCUGCUUCUCUCCAAUACUGUUAAGUCUUGGAAAAAAAAGAUGAGCUUUUCCUUAACAAAGAUGAAAACUUUCUUUUCUUUUCUCACUAUAUCAAUUUUGGUGAUAAAUCCAACAUGUGGUGGAUCACAAAUAUCGAAUGGCACCAUAAGUGUCGCACUGAAAAGAAUAAAAAUGAAUAGUGGCGGUAAUAGAAUCGAGGGUCUACGAAACUUUCACGACAUAAUAUUUUAUGGCGAUAUCAGUCUGGGAGAUCCAACUCAAACAUUCAAGGUCGUAUUCGACACUGGAAGUUCGGACUUGUGGGUUCCCUCUAAGGAGUGGCCUAAAUGUAGAUAUCCACGUGCCAGGUUUAAUGCCAAGGCAUCUAAAACAUACAUGGGGAGCGGAGGAAAUCUUGUAUCUCUUCAAUAUAAUGAACAUGAGGUAAAAGGUACUAUAGCCCGAGAAAAUGUUAUGGUUGGUGGUAUCAAACUAGAGCGUCAAGAUUUCAUAGAGGCGACCAAAUGUGAUUCGUUUUUUAAAGAUGUGGUGUUUGACGGCAUUAUGGGUUUAGGCUUUCCAUCUCUUGCUGUCACUGGUACUGUGACCGUGUGGGAAAAUAUGGUGAACAAAAAGUUGAUUAACAAACGUAUGUUUUCUAUAUGGCUGAGGUCAUACCAUGGAGAUGGAAAACAUGAUGAUCCAAAUGGUGGACAGAUCGUGUUUGGCGGAUUUGAUCCCCAACACUUCAAGGGCAAACAUACAUAUGUUCCAGUAGUGAAGAGUGGUGAACUGAGUUACUGGUUGAUAAAAAUGAGUAGGAUUAUAAUUGGCAAAACAGAAACCAAUCACUGUACCGCACAGUGCACAGUCAUAGUUGACUCCGGGAAUACAGAUAUUCUAGGUCCAGCGAUAACUAUCAAUGCGAUCAAUGAAGAAAUUGGAGUACACAAAACAGGAAGAAUUGCUUGCUCCAAGGUCGAUAAGUUGCCCACUGUCUCUUUCACUAUUGGAGGAAAGCGUUUUCCUCUCAGUCCAAGAGACUACAUAGCAGAAGAUAGUACGGGAGCUAGAACAGAAUGCUACAGUCGUUUCAUGGUAUCUAGUCGCUGGGUUUUGGGUGAAGCUUUCAUGCGGCCAUACCACACUGUUUUCGACUAUCAAGAUAUGAAAAAUCCAAAAGUCGGAUUCGCUAUAGCCGCAGCAUAGAGAAGAGAAAAAAACAAAAAAGAGAAGAGCCAAGUUCAGUAUAAUUUGGUUUGUUGUUCCCUUGAUAAAACUGGAGAUGAUGAUUAAGUUAUAUAUAGUUUAACAAUAUAUAAACAAUAUAUACUGUUGUUUUAGACACAAAAUGUAAGCACUAUUACCAAAAUGU